CUGCGGCCUACGCCCAGCGACCCUGCCCAUUCGGUGUUGCUUGAUUCCCACCACGGCGCCCGCACUGCCUUGCCUUCUCCUCCCCAUUGUUUCCAUCCGCACCGGAGGGCGGUCCGAUACAAGCAACGGCAACGCCUCCCCUCUCCUCCACCUCCCCACCUAUAUUGAUUCUGAUUCAUCCACCCAGCAGGCAGCAGCUACAGCAAGAUGGUGCACCCGAUCGCGGAGGCCGACGAGCGGAGCCCCUUCGGCCGCCUGACGCCGGACGAGUUCUACGCGCGCCACGGCGUGACCCACUCCGCCUCGUCCUUCGUCAACCCGCGGGGGCUCCGCAUCUUCACCCAGCGCUGGGUGCCCAGUGGGGACGCCCCCGUCCUGGGCGCCGUCGCCGUCGUGCACGGCUUCACCGGAGAGUCUAGCUGGACAAUCCAGCUCACCGCCGUCCACCUCGCCGCCGCGGGCUUCGCCGUCGCCGCGCUCGACCACCAGGGCCACGGCUUCUCCGAGGGCCUCCAGGGCCACCUCCCCGACAUCAACCCCGUGCUCGACGACUGCGACGCCGCCUUCGCGCCCUUCCGCGCCGACUACCCGCCGCCGCUCCCCUGCUUCCUCUACGGGGAGUCGCUCGGCGGCGCCAUCGCGCUGCUGCUCCACCUGCGGAACAGGGACCUGUGGCGGGACGGGGCCGUGCUCAACGGCGCCAUGUGCGGGGUCAGCCCGAGGUUCAAGCCGCCGUGGCCGCUCGAGCACCUGCUCGCCGCAGCCGCCGCCGUCGUCCCCACCUGGCGCGUCGCCUUCACGCGGGGCAACAUCCCCGAGCGCUCCUUCAAGGUGGACUGGAAGCGGGCGCUCGCGCUCGCCUCCCCGCGCCGCACCACGGCGCCGCCCAGGGCGGCCACGGCGCUCGAGCUCCUCCGCGUCUGCCGCGAGCUGCAGCGGCGAUUCGAGGAGGUGCAGCUGCCGCUCCUCGUCGUGCACGGCGCCGAGGACACCGUCUGCGACCCGGCCUGCGUCGAGGAGCUCUGCAGGCGCGCCGGGAGCAAGGACAAGACGCUUCGCAUCUACCCAGGGAUGUGGCACCAGAUUGUCGGCGAGCCCGAGGAGAACGUGGAGAAGGUGUUCGACGAUAUCAUAGACUGGCUCAAGGCACGCGCCACCGCUACAGCCGCGGGCGCGCACCACGGCGAGCAGUAGUUUGGGCACGCCUCCUGCGUGCGUGCGUGCCAUGGCCAGGCUUGCCUUCAACCGCGCGUGGUCCAUUCACCAUCCCAGAUUCUAUCCUAGGUUCCUUCCAGCUAUAUUCGAGUACGGAUCCAGCAAUAAACUUGUGCUGUCUGCUGAUUACAGAAUUUGUUUUUGCUCCAAUACUACGAGAUCUCGUCUGAUGGUCCCGAUCCGCCAUCUGCAACCGCUCCAGAUGCCUCCAUGCCUGCCGAUGAUGAAUCUUGCAACUUUCAUUCAUUAAUUAACGAAUCAGAUAUAUUAUUUCUGC